UGGAGGCUGAGAUCGAAAGUCGAAACACACACGCUUAAAGGCAUUCAAGGAGAAGAGAAGGAAACCAAAUCCAUCAGAAGCCAGAUCCGAUCAAGGAAUAUCUGUCUGAUCGAGCAGAAUGUCUUCUUCAACCUUCAGCGGCGAUGAAACGGCACCGUUCUUCGGGUUCCUUGGCGCCGCCGCGGCCCUCGUUUUCUCCUGCAUGGGAGCUGCGUACGGGACGGCGAAGAGCGGAGUAGGAGUGGCGUCGAUGGGUGUGAUGAGGCCGGAGCUGGUGAUGAAGUCGAUCGUGCCGGUGGUUAUGGCGGGAGUGUUGGGUAUUUACGGACUUAUCAUCGCCGUCAUCAUCAGUACCGGUAUCAACCCCAAGGCCAAACCCUAUUACCUUUUCGAUGGCUAUGCUCAUCUUUCCUCUGGUCUAGCUUGUGGCCUUGCUGGUCUUUCUGCCGGUAUGGCUAUCGGCAUUGUCGGUGAUGCCGGUGUUAGAGCCAAUGCACAACAGCCAAAGCUUUUCGUUGGGAUGAUCCUCAUUCUCAUUUUCGCCGAAGCGCUUGCUCUGUACGGUCUGAUUGUUGGUAUCAUUCUCUCUUCCCGAUCGGGGCAGUCAAGAGCUGACUAGAAGGUGUGCUAGGCGGCGUUUGCGGUUGCUGCUAUUCAUCGAGAACUACUUUACUGUACGUUAAAGUUGUAAGUUUUGUUUCGCUGGUGCAGUGCAGAUUCUUGUAUGGUGUGAUUGAUGUGUUCUACCAGGUCGAUUUGUUCAAGAUUUAUAUAGCCUGUAUCAUUGUGUUUA